UUUGUUCGAUUUAUUUCAAUAAAAAAACAGCAAACCACAAAACAAAAUUUGGAGUUUUCCCCAAAUAACAAGCCAAAACCGACUUAAGGUUUACCAAAAUAAAUUGAGCCUAGCUUUUCAUUGUAAAAGCACAAAUGAUGAUUUCUGUGGGUCAUAAAGUGAAAUCCAUGAAACUAGAAGGUUUAAAAGUACACCUUGCCGUAUUUAUACAAAAGGCCGUUCACCCCCGAAACCUCCCCCAACGCCGUCGCCAUCCAUCUUCAACGGCGAUCUCUGCGACUUCAUAGCCGUGUUCCUCCAUGAACCCGAUUAGGGUUUCACAUAGGAGAAUUUAGAAUCUAUCAAUUCGAUUUGAAAGAGUGUAAAUUUUGGGAAGAAGAUGGAUCAAUCAUUCUUGAUUAUGCUGUCCAACCUACUCCACCUUCAAAAUCAACUCGACCCUACCACCUCCAUCCUCUCCGACUCCUCCACCUCCGCUACCUCAGCCACCCCUUCCUCCCUCCUCACGUCCACCUCUGCCGCCCCUCUUCUAUUCUUCACCAUCGCCUCCGUCCUCUCAUACAUCUCCACUACCCGCAAACCCCGCUCCUCCCCAUCCCCACCUCCAUCUCCCUCAACCACUUCCCAAUACUCCGUCGCCGCCUUCCGCGCCCUCUCCACCGAACGCAUCUGGGCAAUGGAAGCUCCAUUACGUGACGCCCAAUGGCGCUCCAUGUACGGCCUAUCGUACCCCGUCUUCACCACCGUCGUCGACAAACUCAAACCCUACAUCGCUCAGUCAAACCUCUCCCUUCCCUCCGACUACGCUGUCGCCAUGGUUCUCUCCCGUCUCUCCCUCGGCCUCUCCGCUAAAACCGUCGCUAAACGUUACUCCCUUGAACCCUACCUCGUUUCCAAAAUCACUAACAUGGUCACCCGCCUCUUAUCCACUAAACUUUACCCUGAGUUCAUCAAAAUCCCCGCCGGUCGCCGCCGUCUCCAGGAAACCACAGCCUCGUUCGCCGAAAUCACAUCCCUCCCCAACAUAUGUGGCGCCAUUGACAACACACACAUCCGCCUCCACAGCCUCCCCUCCAACCUCCCUAACCCUAGCAUCUACACUAACUCACACGGAUUCCGAUCAAUUCAACUCCAAGUAGUCGCAGAUCACAAGAAAAUCUUCUGGGAUGUUUGCGUGAAAGCUCCAGGCGCAUUUGACGAUGCUACCCAUUUCCGCGAUAGUUUGCUCUACAACAGGUUGAUUUCAGGCGACAUUGUAUGGGAGAAAGUUGUGAACGUGAAAGGGCAUCCUGUUAGGCCUUACAUCGUCGGAGACUGGUGCUACCCCUUGUUAUCAUUCCUGCUAACUCCAUUUUCAUGGAACCGGACAGGGAAUCCAGCUCAGAACACUUUCGAUGAGGGAUUGAUGAAAGGGAGAAAAGUGGUGGAGGAAGCUAUCGGAUUGUUGAAGGGAAGAUGGAGGAUUCUUCAAGAUAUGAAUGUGGGAUUGAAUCAUGCACCUCAGACGAUUGUUGCUUGUUGUGUGUUGCAUAAUUUGUGUCAGAUUGCAAGGGAACCUGAACCAGAAGUGUGGAAGGAGCCGGAGGAGAGUGGUGGUGUUGCUAGGGUUUUGGAGAGUGAGAAUUAUUACUACAAUUUUGGAGAAAGUUUGAGGCAGGUGUUAGCUGAUGAUCUUUACCAGAGACUUUCUUCAAGAUGAAAUUAAUUGUAAGGUUGUAGUUUUUUUUUUUUCUUGUCUUUCCUCUUGUUGUAACUUUGUUCUAGAAAAUAUUUUUAAUCCUUUCCGUAAUAAGUAGUAGUGUGUAAUUGCAACCAGUUAUGUAUGUAAACUAACUCAAGUUUGGGGAAUUUAAUCUCAGAUGAUAUUAUUAGUCA